AUGGCAGGGGAUUCUAGAGUCCUCAUGGACCACAACAUGGAGAUAGGAGUCACGCCAGCACAGGUGAAGAAGCUUCCCAAACACCUGCGGGAUGCGCAGAUCUCAACUGAGCGAACCCACCUGAUUUCUGACCCGCCGAAGAAGCCACGUCAACGAUACGUUCAGAAGGACGGCAAGUGCAACGUCCAUCAUGGAAAUGUGCAAGAGACCUACCGUUACCUCAGUGACUUGUUCACCACCCUGGUGGAUCUACGCUGGCGUCUAAGUCUCUUCAUUUUCACAUUGGUCUAUAUUGUCAACUGGCUUUUCUUUGGCUUUCUGUGGUGGUUGAUAGCGCUCAUCCGUGGCGAUCUGGUGCACGGCGACGAGGAGGGCUGGACGCCAUGCGUCGAGAACCUUAACAGUUUUGUCUCUGCCUUCCUCUUCUCCAUUGAAACAGAGACCACCAUCGGGUAUGGUUAUCGUGUGAUCACAGAAAAAUGCCCCGAAGGUAUCAUACUGCUUUUGGUGCAGGCCAUCUUGGGCUCCAUUGUUAACGCCAUGAUGGUGGGCUGCAUGUUUGUCAAGAUCUCACAGCCAAAGAACCGCGCAGAGACCCUCAUGUUCUCACACAAAGCUGUUAUUUCGGUGCGAGACAACAAGAUGUGCCUGAUGUUUCGGGUUGGGGACCUGAGGAACUCUCACAUCGUCGAGGCCUCGAUCCGAGCGAAGCUGAUACGCUCGCAGCAGACCAAGGAAGGAGAGUUCAUCCCGCUCAACCAGACUGACAUCAACAUCGGCUUUGACACGGGAGACGAUCGGCUGUUCCUGGUGUCACCUCUCAUCAUCUCCCACGAAAUCAACGAGAGGAGCCCCUUCUGGGAGAUGUCGCUGGCGCAAAUGGAGAAGGAGGAGUUUGAGAUCGUGGUUAUCCUUGAGGGAAUGGUGGAGGCCACAGGGAUGACAUGUCAGGCACGGAGCUCCUACCUGGACACAGAGGUGCUUUGGGGCUACCGUUUCACACCAGUUCUCUCGUUGGAGAAGGGCUUCUAUGAGGUAGACUACAACAACUUCCACGAAGUCUACGAGACCAACACUCCCGCCUGCAGCGCCAAGGAGCUAUCCGCUAAGUUCCGGGAGGAUCCGCUAUUGCCUCAGCUUUCACUCCGCAGCCCUGAGCCUAAAACUCAUACUUUUGACCCCCUAAACCGCCUGUCCAAACAGGACCCACUCAGCCAGGACGAGGACAUGGAGGAGAGAGAUUCAGGGGGUGACAGAGGAGAGACCAAUGGCUUAGCUGCUGCUGUAGAGGAUAUUCCCCUCGCUGAUGGACUACCUGACUGA